AUGACUGACUCUCUGUCUGUCUGUCUGUCUAUCUAUCUAACUCACUAUCUAUCUAUCUAUCUAUCACUAUACACUCAAACUUCUUCUUCUUCUUCUUCUUCUUCUUCUUCUUCUUCUUCUUCUCUCUGCCGUGUACCUUCAGGACUGGCUCUUGUCUCAGAUGAUACACAGAUGACCGUCACCUUUGGGCCACAAAUCUUUAAUACUGACCAUCACGGACGAAUGACUCGGGACCGGAGAUGGAGACGACACGAUCUAUAUUUUAGAGGAUUUAUUCCCACAUUUUUUUGUUUAUUUCUUUCUUUGUCCAUUAUUUAUAUUUCUCCCCCAGUAAUUUCUCAAUCUCUCUCUCUUUUUUUUAAUUUUCUUUUCUUUUUUCUUAUUUUUGUUUCUUUCCUUCUUUCUUUCUUUCUUUCUUUCUUUCUUUCUUUCUUUCUUUCCUUCUUUCUUUCUUUCUUUCUUUCUUUCUAA